GGGUGUUAAGCAAGGGGACCCUCUUUCCCCCAUACUGUUUAUUAUGGCUGCUGAGAUUCUUUCAAGGCAGAUAAAUACAUUGUACCAAACCGGAAAAGGUACACUUUAUCACACCUAUAGAGGUAUGUCUGCUAUAAACCACCUUUCCUUUGCUGAUGACCUAAUUGUCCUCUCUAAUGCUGAGAAAAAAAACUCUUGUUGAGCUCAGCAAUAUCAUCUCUGAUUAUGAAAAGUAUUCUGGUGAGCUUAUUAAUAAAGGUAAAAGCUUUUAUCUCAUUUCUAAGCAUGCUAAAAACCAUAAUCACUUGAUAGUUAACAACAUCUUUCAAAUAAAAAAGGGUUCCUUCCCUUUCACUUACCUGGGGGCUAAUAUCUUUACUAGCAGAACCCUAAAUUUAUAUUUUGAACAUAUCUUAGCCAAGUUUGAUAAUAAAAAAUUAGCGUGCUGGAAGCAUAAGCUUCUUUCUGUUGGUGGUAGGAUGAUUUUAAUUAAACAUGUGCUUAGUUCUCUUCCCCUGUAUCAUAUGGUUGUUCCCCUCUCCCCAGGAAUAUCAUUUACAAAAGGGAAAACUGUCAAUUACGCCCUCCUACUAUGUAUGGAAAGUCGAUUAGGUCCCCUUACUUUAAAAACACCCAAUUAUAUCCUUAAACUCUUAAAAAACGUUCAAUUGAGUAUAUCUAGCAGGCCACCCACCGGUUUCCCAGUUAACUACACGCAUGGCAGCCCAUGUGGCAGACCACGUGGCCAUUUUUCAUUUUUCUCUUUAUUAUCUUGUUCCUUAUCUUUCCUUAUUCCCUUCUUUCUUCCCAUUUUCUCAUCCUAAUCUGGUUUGUGCGCACGACGCCUCCUGAACCUAUCCCCCCUCUUUUGUUUCUAUUCUUCCCUCUGUUUCUUCUUUCUUCUUUUCCUUUUUAUUGCAAUUCUCUUCUUUUUUUUCUUGUACAAAGCCUCAGCUCAUUCCUCUUCUUCCCAGAAACAAACUCGCCGGAAAUCGGGCUGAGAUUAAGGCGAUGGCCGCCGUCUCAACCAUUGGAGCCAACUGCUACACAGUCACCAACUUCGCCGGAAUCUACUAGGCAAAAGAAGAAACGAACAGAGAAGAAGAGAGUCUUUCGAGGACGGUAGAUGCUGCCACCUUUUGCAGAAGCCUGGCAGAUCUCGUAGCAGUCGGAAUUUGUCCAUACUCGCAGCCGCCAUCAUCGACGGUGGUGCCAUUGAAACUGAUGCUCGGAUGUACGACGAGCUCACCAUUGUUGGCAGUCUGGCACCUUAAUUUAUGAAAUAGUCAAAGAGGGCAUCUUGAUUUAUGAAAAUGAAGGAAGAACAAAAAAGUUGCAGAGGAACGAAAGUUGUUGCAGAGGUGCGCUGGGAACGAAGAGAACGAGAGAGAAAUAAGAAAAGAAAAGAGAAAAAGAAAUAGAAAAGAUGAAAAUUGCCACGUGGCCUGCUACACGUGCAGUUUACCGGAAAACUGUUUGGUGACCUAUUAGAUAUACUCAAUUGAACGUUUUUUAAGAGUUGGAGGAUAUAAUUGGGUGUUUGUAAAGUAGGGGGACCUAAUCAACUUUCCGUACAUAGUAGGAGGGCGUAAUUGACAGUUUUCCCUUUAUAAAAUGGAAAGGAAACCUUCCAAUUUUCUCCGGGAUGAGAAUUCUGACCACAAUAGGUAUACUUCGAGAAGUUGGACAAAGUGUUGCUAUUCGGUUAAUGAAAACGGAAGGUGAAAAUUGAUUCGGGUUUUAAGAGUUUUAAGAGUUCUCAGAAACCUUAAUUAUAUUCAAAAAGCUUUUUUUCUAAAACUUCUUUGGAAGGUGAAUAAUGAUUCGGGUUUGUGGGCUUAUUGGUACAAUUCCCUAAAAAAUACUUCCCUUUCUGUUAUGCACAAUGCCAUUAAUUCUGUCAAUCACAUUUUUAACAACAACUGCCGAAUGCAGGUUAAUCAAGGAAACAACCAGUUCUGGUACACGAACUAGUCUGAAUUGGGGCCUCUUUGCACCUAUCAGAAAACUGUCCCAGAGGAACCCUGAGCAUCUGUAGCGCCAUGCCAGGUGGUAAUCUGCUUGAUACGGUUGCCUCUUACAUGCCCAGAUAUGUGUGUGACAAAAUCACAUCCUUGCGCAUCACCUUCAAUACCAGUAAGGAUGCUCACAUUUGGAAACCGAACCCCAAUGGUAAAUUCAGUUUUUCUAGCGCCUAUGAUGUUAUUCGGCAUAGGCGAAGCUCAAAACCAAACACUGACUGUGUUUGGAAUACACGAACACCAAAAAAAUCUCUUUUUUUAUAUGGCGGCUUGAAAAUCAAAUCUUGCCUUUUGAAAACAAACUAAACCAAAUUGGUAUUCUGGGCCCUUUUAAAUCCCCCAUCUACCCUCAUCAGGAUACCAUUGAUCAUUAUUUUCUAAAUUGUCCCUUCAGUAGAGAGAUUUGGAAUCACUUUCAAAAUAUUUUCAAAUUCAGGCCGUCAAACCAUACUACUAUUUGGAACUACAUUUUAGGGUGGUACAAUAACUUCAAAGAGCCAAUUGUGGAUUUGAAUUUCACAGUCCCUAAUAUUAUCCUCUGGAAGGUCCGGAACAAAGUUAUUUUUGAUGAUAAAAAGUCUUGCCUAACUGAGGCCAUUAAUGCUAUUAAAACUGAAAUUUUUGCCAUGUCGGUUUCCAAUCCGUUCCCCCGUACCUGCCCUAAUAUCCCGAUCAACAUAUGUACGGUAACCCCAAGGAAAAAAAAACCUCCUAGUCUUAACGGCUGGCAAAAACCACCACCCACCUACUUCAAAAUUAACAUGCCCUCUCGGAACCUCAAACCAAACUUCAUCCGUACGGCUGCCCUCAUUCGUAAUGAAUAUGGCAACUACGUUAAGCAUGAAACCCAUCUGGCAUCCCACGAGAAUGGCACAUCUGCCACUUACGAGGCCUUGAUUGAUCUUAUCCCUAUUGUCAAGACUCUAAAUACCAAUAAUAUUAUAAUAGAGGUAGAUAACAGGGAAGUCUACGAGGGGCUCACAGGUAUCUCAAUCCAACAUUGGAGUUGCUGGCCACACAUCCAAAAUAUCAAGAAGAGACCCAUGACACACAAAUGGUCUAUCACGCACAUACACCCGAGUAUAAAUAGGGCUUCUGAGUAUUUAGCUUACCAAAAUACUUCGGUAAAAACCAAUGAUCAUCAUUUUAAUCAUUUUGUUGGUAUUCUCAAAUUUGAUGCUACCAAUUUUCCUUGUGUUAUUUAAAUUCGAGUAGGCUUUGGUUUGGUCCUCCUACUCUUUGUAUUCUCUUUUUAUUAUAAUAAAUAGGUGGAGUGUUCCCUGGCCCCCACCCCAAAAGACCUGCGGGCUAUUGGAAACUUAUUGGGUAUAAAAAAAGGUCUGAAUGCUUGUGCUCUAUUAGCAAUAUACUCCUUAACAGUCCCAGAUACAUAUACUCCGCACAUUAACUAUUUAGUUUAGUUAUUUAAGCAUUUAACAUUAUUAUUUAUGUUAACGGUCCCUCUAAGGCUCUUAUGCCUCUAAUCUCUUAUUAGAGGCCUAGAUGAUCGGAAUUGAGUGCUCUGAUCGUGACCCUUGAAAUGAAUGAACUUUUUCUGGCUAAUUAUCUUGCUGAUUCAAGAUCAUAAUUAUUGAUUGUAGUGAAUAUGUUGUUUUGUUUUAUUUACUAAAAUUUUCAGCUUGGUGUGUAUUUAUGUUUUAAACUCAACUUAUGAGAUUUGAAAUGAUGGUAAACAUGUUUAUUUCUUGUAAUUUCAAACGUUGAAUGUUUUUUGGCACAAAUUUUAAUGGUGAUUUGUAAGAUUUUUUUUAAAAAAAAUAGAAACCGUUAAAUGAGAAGAAUCGAACCGUUAAAAAUGGCUCGGUUCCAUAUCAGUUCUAUAAAAAAAAUAUAAGAACCGAACCGUUAUUAAGAUUUGAUAUUUUUCAAACGGUUCCAUCAAUUUUGCUUAGCAACCGAAUCGGUCCUAGGUCUAGGGGUUUACUGUCUACAGUAAAAAACACAAAAAAAAAAAAGGAAAUAUUGGUUAGUUUUGUUCCCAAUAAAAUUUGACGGUGGCGCCAAAUUCAAAAGGGUGUACAAACCAAAUUGAUAGAUCAAUUGUCUUUCCUCCACUUGUUUAAAAAGCAUUUGUUCUAUCUCCUUGACAGCUCAUACAAUCCUUUUUUUUGGUGAUGCUCAUACAAUCCUUUUAAAAAGCGGUUGAUGUGCUCUCUUAUCUCUACUCAACUCAUUCUUCUUCUUAAUUGAAUUCUUUGUUUGGUUUAUACUUCAUAGCUUUAUCAUUAAAAAAAACAAACGCACUCUACAUUACCUACACAACAUCACUCCUCAAAUGGUCAAAAGCUUGUAAGGACUGUUAAGAAAAUAGAGUAUUGAAGUAGUUCUUAUUGAUAACAUGGAUAAGAUGGUGGGUUUCCACCGCUAGGGGUUUUUCCUCCGCUAUCAUUUGUAACGAGGAGAGGCCGCCGCAGGCGAGCUUAGGCGUACAAGGUUUCUUCUUCCACCAUCAAUUGUGUGGCUAUUUUUCUUCUUUUGCUUUAGUGAGAUUAAACGGGGGGAGAGGAUGUUUGGUCUCCGACGAUCGAAGGUUGUGCAGGGACGAAAGACGGAUGCUUGGUCUCCGGCGGCCAAAGGUCACAGACGAAGCGUGGGGCUAGAGCUUGGAACGGAUCUGGAUUCGAGGUCAUCUGUGUUAGGUGGUGAAAGAGGAUGCUUGGUAGAGAACAUGAUGAAUAAGAGGCAAGACGAGGAAGAAGCUACUAUACUGUUGGAUUGUCCUCCUCCUGUAUUGUCGCCAUGGAGUGCAGGAGAGUCUAGGGUUUGGAAGCAGCUUUUUAAUUUUACUGUUUGCUUGCGAUUUAGUUUUCAUGAUCAGACUGUUUAUUUUUUUGUUGGUUACUUUUAUUGUUGUAAGACUCUUGCAUUAGGAUUGAGUGAUGGAAGGUCUGUUUUAACCGUUGUUGGCUCAUUUAUGCCCAUUAUAAAAUCAGUGAGUUAUAUUGCUUUUUAAAAGGUGGUUGACUCUAA